UGAAAGAUAGGUCGGCCAUUACUAGAAUCCCCGACUGUACGUUCGACGCUACAGGAGGCCAGCCGGCUUUAGCUUCAGUUUGUAGCAAAACGCACGACGAAACAGACCGCCAUGGCCGAUAUCUCUAAAGACGAACUGAGGAAGGAAAUCACCGCCAUCCUUAAGGAUGCGGACCUGACGACGAUGUCGGCUAAGAAAGUACGACAACAGAUAGAAGAGAAACUUGACGUGGACCUCACGGACAGGAAAAAGGAAGUAGAUGAUUUGGUGAUGGAGUGUCUUCAGGAAAAGCAAGAUGGAGGUAAGAAGAGCAGCAAGAAGAGUAAGGCUGCCAGUGAGGAAUCUGACGAAGGUGAAGAAGAAGACGAUGAAGCAUCAGAAGAAGAGGAAGAGGAAGAAAAAAAGCCACUCAAACGAGGACCUGCUAAGAAAACUGCUACGAAACACAAGAAAGGAUCGUCAGAUGAUGACGAAAGCGCUAGUGAUGAUGACGCCAGUGAUGAAGAGUACAGCCCAAAAAAAGCCAAACCAACUCCCAAAAAAGGUAGUGCCAAGCCUGGUAAAAAGGGCAAAAAGAAGGGUAGCGAUAAUGACAGCGACGAGGAUUGGGGCAAGACUAAGAAAGCUGUUGGACCAGCCAAAAAGCCAGUUGCCAAAGGCAAAGGCGGUGGUUAUACCCGUGCAAUUACACUCUCACCUGAAUUGGCAGCCGUAGUUGGUGCUGAACAAAUGGCCCGACAUGAAGUUGUCAAGAAAGUAUGGAGUAUUAUCAAAGAAAGGAAUCUAUAUGAUCCGAAGAACAAGCAGUUUGCGAUCUGUGAUGAAGAACUCAUGAAGGUUAUUGGAGUUAAGCGUUUCAGGACCUUUGGUAUGAUGAAAUACCUUAAAAGUCACUUCCUAGAUUAAGUACUACAGACAAAAGAAAAUCACUUCUGAACUCUGAAGAUUAUAUUCCAUAUUGCAACGCGCAUGAUUAUCAUGUACUUCUUCAUCCCGUUCACAACCAUAUAUACCACACAUCGUUACACUACCACUGAAACAUUCUUAGUCUAAAAACCUAAACUGCGACGCAUUCCUCGUUUCAACCAUUCAAAAUUGAUUCCAACUCAACGUCGUAGCAAAUUUCAUUUAUUUAAUUAUCAUUUAGAGUGAUAAAGUGAAACUAAAAUCUGUUUGCACUACCCAUAAACAGCAAGGGAAAAAAUUCAAAACUCUUAGUAUUUGGUAAACCAACCACAUUGCUUACGACAUCAUUUUUGUGCUACCAUGAUUGAACAAUGUUGAGGUGAAGCAAUCAUAAUUGUGAAUGGUAGAGGUUAUGUUUUUGCGUUGCAACUGUAAGUAGUCGUUAAACAGUUUUUACAUUGUUCCAUCUUUCGAGUACUGCUCUUUUAUUCUUUCUCUUUUGCAUCAAUAACAGUGAGGUAUACGUAUACCUAUGUAUAGAACCAUUACCGAUGAUUGUUGCAAACUUUAUUGAUAGUUUUUUGUUUUUAAACAAUAAAUAAUUACAUCGAGAUGCAGUAUGUAAAACUUAGUAGAGUACUCUUUGUUAAAACUCUGUGACUUUUUUUGUGAUCAUGUAAUAAUUUAUAGUUUAUUUAACAGAAAUCGACAAUUCCUUUUUUCCAUCUAGCAUCAAGAAAAGAGAGCUGUGUUUGGAACAAAAUAUAUAGGGUUUAAUUUUAAUAUUUAACGUGUGGAAACUGAUUUUUGACACAUAAGGAAUAGUGAAAUUAAAAUCAUUUCCUAUAGUUUGUGCGUAUAUUUAAUUGAAAAUAUACUAAUUGCAACAACAAAAAAUAGAAAGAAAGAUGAUAAAACGAAGAAGGGAUUAACUGAAGAAAACAAAAAUUUGCGAAUUAACGAUUUUUUAUAUUUUAACACUGAUGACUCAUUGAUAUAUAACAGUAUGACAGUAAGAAAGUCUCAAAUUUUCGCAAUUAUAAAAAUUUGAAAUGAAUCGAAACAAAAUUGACACUCUGUAAUUCUUAUUCUGUAUAAUAAUUUAUAUAUAUUAUACAUUGGCAGAAAAAAAAGAAAACGUAAAAAAAAAUACCUAACGAGUAAAAUAUAAUAACUAUAUUAAUGUGUAAUUAAUAAUUAAAAUUAUUAUUAUUAUAUUAUCGUCGUAAUUGUAGGUUUUUUGGUGUAAAAAUUGACCCCUUUCCCCCCUUUAACGUAUAAGAUUUUCAACGACGAUGAUAAUGAUUAUGAUGGUGAUGAUGAAUUACUGAAAACUAAAAAAUACAGUGAUAGGAGUUCAUUUGAUUUUAGUGACUAUUCUAUGGAAACAAGUUUUCAAGUCAAAAAAUAAGAAAAAAUGUUUGCAAAAAGUAUUGCUGCUGAUGCUGCUACCGCUGCCGCACUGUGUUGAAUAGUAAAAAAAAAUAAUAAUAUUAAUGGUGAUGAAAAAAACAAGAUUUGAAUAAAUAAAGAAAAUAGGAUUACGAAAUGAAGUAUGAUGAACGUAUGUUUUAUUGAUUGUGAGUAAUAAUUUAGGUAGAGUUACAAACAUAAAAUGUACUUUGAAACAAAAUCUUGUUAACGAUGUGCAGAAAAUUAUGUAGUGCGUAACUA